CAGCGCUUCCCUUUGUCCCAACCCCCAGCACUUCAGACCAGACCCGCUGACACUCGACAAGCGCCUGCAGUUUACCUUGGCUCGGUUCCAGUGAGUUCGAGCCCAGCCCUGGGGCGGCCCCCACCUCUCCACCUUGUUACGCCUUCCCACCCUCCUCUGCAGCGCAAAGAGCAGUUUAAAUAUAAAUCAGUCCUCAGCACAAACAGAGCUUGGGCGGCGAGUCUCAGAGCCAUCACCGGAACCGAGGGCCCAGUCACCGCGUCGCGCUCCCCAUCGCCUGGCUACCACCGCGGCAGCUCGAAGCGCCCAAGUCCCGCAGAACCUGUCCCCGGCCUGUCGCUACCCCCUGGGCCCGGCCAGGGGACUUCGCCUCCGUCACGAUGGGGCUUCUGCCCAAACUCGGAUCUCGCCAGGGCAGCGGCACCUCCUCUGUCCCAGCCAGACGCUGCUCCCGCUCGGUCUUCAGCAACAUUAAGGUGUUCGUGCUGUGCCAUGGCCUCCUCCAGCUCUGCCAGCUGCUCUACAGCGGCUACUUCAAGAGCAGCCUCACCACGAUUGAGAAGCGCUUUGGCCUCUCCAGCUCUUCCUCAGGUCUCAUUUCCAGCUUGAACGAGAUCAGCAAUGCCGUCCUCAUCAUCUUCGUCAGCUACUUUGGCAGUCGGGUGAACCGCCCUCGGAUGAUCGGCAUAGGGGGUCUCCUCCUGGCGGCAGGUGCCUUUGUCCUCACCCUCCCACACUUCCUGUCGGAGCCCUAUCAGUACACCUCGAUCACUGUGGGAAACAGCAGCCGCCUUCAGGCUGACCUUUGUCAGAAGCAUUUGCCGGACCUGCCCCCCAGCAAGUGCCAUAGCACCGUGCCAGACACGCAAAAGGAGACCAGCAGCAUGUGGGGCCUGAUGGUGAUGGCUCAGCUGUUGGCCGGCAUUGGGACAGUGCCCAUUCAGCCAUUUGGGAUCUCCUAUGUGGAUGACUUUGCGGAGCCCACCAACUCCCCUCUGUAUAUCUCCAUCUUAUUUGCUAUCGCUGUGUUUGGACCAGCUUUCGGGUACCUGCUGGGCUCAGUCAUGCUCAGGAUCUUUGUGGACUACGGCAGGGUGGACACUGCUGCCGUGACCUUGAGCCCAGGUGACCCCCGAUGGAUCGGAGCCUGGUGGCUGGGCCUGCUCCUUUCUUCAGGCUUCCUAGUUGUUACUUCUUUGCCCUUUUUUUUCUUCCCCCGAGCAAUGCCCAGAGGAGCAGAGAGGUCUGUUAUCGCAGAUGAAACAAUGAAGAUGGAGGAGGACAAGUCAAGAGGCUCCCUGAUGGAUUUCAUUAAACGGUUCCCCCGCAUCUUCCUGAGGCUGCUGAUGAACCCACUCUUCAUUCUGGUGGUCCUGACUCAGUGUACCUUCUCCUCUGUCAUCGCUGGCCUCUCUACGUUCCUCAACAAGUUCCUGGAGAAGCAGUAUGGGGCCUCAGCCGCCUAUGCCAACUUCCUCAUUGGUGCUGUAAACCUUCCUGCUGCGGCCUUGGGGAUGCUCUUUGGAGGAAUCCUCAUGAAGCGUUUUGUUUUCUCCCUGCAAACCAUCCCCCGAGUGGCUGCCACCAUCAUGACGGUCUCCAUCAUCCUCUGUGCCCCUCUCUUCUUCAUGGGAUGCUCCACACCAGCUGUGGCUGAGGUCUACCCCCUCAGCACAUCAAGUUCUAUACAUCCGCAGCCUCCUGCCUGCCGCAGGGAUUGCUCGUGCCCAGAUUCCAUCUUCCACCCAGUCUGCGGAGACAAUGGGGUAGAGUACCUCUCCCCUUGCCACGCUGGCUGCAGCAGCCUCAACCUGACGUCAGCAGCUUCCAAGCAACCGAGCUAUUUGAACUGCAGCUGUGUGACUGGAGGGUCUGCGUCAGCAAAGACAGGAUCCUGCCCGGUGUCCUGUGCACACUUCCUGCUCCCGUCCAUCUUCCUCAUCUCUGUUGUGGCGCUCAUCGCCUGCGUCUCCCACAACCCGCUCUACAUGAUGGUUCUUCGCGUGGUAAACCAGGAUGAAAAGUCAUUUGCCAUUGGGGUCCAGUUCUUGUUGAUGCGCUUGCUGGCCUGGCUGCCAUCUCCGGCCCUGUAUGGUCUCAUCAUUGACUCCUCCUGUAUCCGGUGGAACUACCUGUGCUCAGGGAGACGAGGGGCCUGUUCAUAUUAUGACAAUGAUGCUCUCCGAGACAGGUACCUGGGCCUGCAGGUGGCCUACAAGGUCCUGGGCACACUGCUACUCUUCUUUAUCAGCUGGAGGGUGAAGAAGAACAGGGAAUACAGCCUGCAAGAGAAUGCCUCGGGCCUCAUCUGACCCUCAGUCAUGGCUACCCCCGUUUCAGAGACUGGAUCCUCCCCCUCCACACUAGCCUGUAUUAACUGAUAUUAACAUGCCUUUUCCUUUUCUUUCUUCCUUCCUCCCUUUCUUCCUCCUUACCUCCCUCCCUCCCUCCUUCCCUUCUUCCCUCCCUUCCUUUAUUAUUAAGAAAGACAGUCCCGUUCCUCCUUUGUCUCAGCUGCCUCACCCUCCUAAAGUCUACUCAAUGGUUCUUGAGGCCUUGUGCGCUGAACUGAAUGAGCACCGAACUGGAGGGUCCAGUUUUCCAGACUCCUUGGAAGGGGUCACCACAUAGGCAGUCUAUCCUCAGCGCUGGGUCCUCCCACAAGGCACCCAUGAGGCAGCCCCUGCUCUCACCAGCCUCUCAGGAAUACUUACGAAGAGUGAGAAUAGGGGUCUGUGUCUUCCGGGCCAGGCCAGCCAGCUCUCCUCUGACUCCACCCUGCCUGGAGCCAGAGUGAGAGGAAGAGGAGGAGGAGGUUGAUUUCUUAACAAGGAGCUGGCUGCAGUCCCUUUCCACCUGGAUUCAGUCUAGAGUGGAACCCACCAGGGGCUGGCUCCCUUAGUUUCCUCACUUUCUGCCCUCGAGGCUGAUUUGAAAGCCACCAUUUUGGGAAGUGCAGACCUCUCUCUAUAACCUACACCCUGGUAUCAGAGCAGGAGCUAAGGAACCAGAGGCCAGGUCAUUUAAACACUGUUCGUAGGAACCUGAGGCCUCUCUACUCUCUGCCUUUCUGGGGUUCCAUUUCAAACUGAGAAAGCCACAAGAAGACGACCUAGGAAGGGCCCAGUGUCCCACCCUCACAGUGGAGACCAGACCCUUCACAUUCAGAGAUACGAGAAGCCCUCCCCACCCUUCCCUGGAAUCAGAAGAGUAGCCUCCCAUGGACCCCACUGUCUGGACCUCAGCCCGUGUGCAGAGGAGUAAAGGGAGGCCAUCUGAGAUGCAGCCAGAGCAAGCAAUGGAGCAGAGAGCACGUCACCUGUCACGGUGCUUGAUGGCAAGCUGCAGCCCACAAAGAGAGCAGCCAGGUUGGCUUGCUUACAAACACGUCGUGUUCAUUGACAUUUUCUCCACUUCUUCUCACUACCUCUGGGUGGAGGUGGUCACCUUCUGUGGGCCUGGGCUGGAGGCCACUACUGCUAUGCAAGAGAGGGGCAAAGGCAGAAGCCGAAGAAGGAAGGGUUUUACCAACGGCUCUGUUUAUUGGCUGAGACAGUGCUUGGCAGUGAUACUACACGGUUCUCUGAGAGAGCCCCUGUCAAUCUUACCACCAUUCAUACUAGGGCCUCCUCCCAGAGAGCAGUAGGUGAGCAUCAGGGGCACACUCUUAUGCUUGCCAAACAUGUCGCAUGCCCACUGAUUGGCAGAGAAGAUCCUGACAUGACCAUUCAUGCCAAUGAGGGCUCACAGACUGACUGUGCACCUGACCCUGUGUGAGAACGGAGAGCUGCCUCACCGCGUCCCUGAAGUAGCUAGGCAAUUGCCGUUGCCGUAUGUGACAUUUAAGUGCCUUCCAGAAAUGCCUUAUAUGGAGAGAAGUCAAAAGCUGUGUGUCAGUGUGGCCCAGCUGCUGUGACACUGAGGUCUUUGUGGAAGCCAUCAUUACUGACAGCAUGCUUUCUGAAGUCACCAGGCUUAUUUCCACACAUCUGGCUUAGGAGGAGGCUGCACACAACCUCACGGGCCAGUUUCAGCAUGUGCAAAGGUUCUGCUUGGAACCUGAUCCUCUGCAACUAACCCUGGGCUUGCUCCCUGCAGUUUAACCAGAUUCUGAAGGCAUAGCCUCCAGCCAACUUCACGAACAAUGAAUGCCAAUCUUUAGCUUCUGGAAAACUGGUUGUCCCCACAAGUCUUUAUUCUAUUAUUUGCUAUUAAUAUAUUAUAAUUUUGUCAUA